CUGGGAACGAUUUCUUCGGGCCUUUAUUACAUAAGCCUCGCUUGGUCGCUUUAGGCCGCUGUAAGUGACGUACCGCUCGUUACCACCGCCUAAAGAGCCUCCAACCGCUGCAGUGAACUGUACCGUUCUUUGCCUUGCAGCAAGUUGAACCACUAGGUAUCAACAACCUGGCCUUUCUUUUCAGCCUUUUACAGUGUCACCCUUGCAUUCGUGAGAAUCGGCAUUCACUUGUUGAAUCUACCUCACUCGACCUCGAUCGAACGGGCUUCCCCCUUCUGCCUCUUUCUUAACCUCGUUGGACCCCUCUCCCCUCUCUCUCCCUGCCUCUUAUUCUGGUUUUCCCUCAGGAGCAACCAUGGCGGACUCACCCGAUCACGACACUCUCAUAGCGCAGUUCUCGACCAUUGUUGGGACGUCUGCGGACCAGGCGCACCAGUACCUUGCCUCAAACGACUGGAACCUAGAAACUGCUCUAGCGACUUAUUACGCUGCUCAAGAUGAUAAUAUGGAAGACGAAGGGGAUGACUCAGACUAUGACGAUGAAGACGAGCCGGCCACAUCCCACCAACCCGAGUCUCAAUACGGUGGUGGUCGAAGAUUAGGCGAAGGCCCGUCGGAUCCCCAACCGAUUCCUGUUGCUUCUACAUCUGGCUCCUCCUCGCGACCGAAGAAGGCGCCAACUACAAAGAAGAAGUUUGCUACACUUGGUGAUUUCAGCGCAGGGGGUACAAAUGGAGAUGACUCCGAUGACGACGAGAAGCAAGAUCUAUUUGCUGGCGGCGAGAAAUCUGGUCUGGCAGUGCAAAAUCCAGAUGAUCUCAAGAAGAGAAUAUUGGAAAAGGCGCAAAAGGCUGGCCCGCCACCAAAAGAUACGCCACAAAAGAAAUCCUACUUCACAGGAUCCGCCCGUACCUUGGGAGGCGACGAUGCCCCAUCGCGGGAAAUCCCUGCACCUCCUCAGCCUAGAGGUCGAGCGGAACGGGUCGAGCGUGUUCUGCACUUCUGGCAAGAUGGAUUCAGCGUUGACGACGGCGACUUGUAUAGGAUCGAUGACCCGAGAAAUGCCGAAAUCUUGAAUCUGAUCCGACAGGGACGGGCACCAUUGAAUAUCAUGAAUGUCCAACCUGGUCAGGAGGUGGACGUCGAAAUCAAACAGCAUGACGAGAAGUAUGUCAAGCCAAAGAAGAAGUUCCGGCCGUUUGAAGGAUCUGGUCAUCGUCUGGGAAGUCCUACUCCUGGAAUUCAGUCAAUGCCUGGUGCUUUCGCCUCCGAAUCAUCUGCGUCAAGUGCUGCACCUGCCGCUCCGGCCCCUCCUACAGCAGAAAUCGACGAGUCAAAGCCUACGGUGACUCUCAGAAUCAGCUUGGGCUCAGGUACACGGUUGACGUCCAGAUUCAACACGACGCAGACGAUUGGCGACGUUUACGACUUUGUUCGACGAGCUGAGCCUGGUGGCAGGGAGUUUGUGCUGCAGACCACUUUCCCGAUUGUGGAGCUGACUGACAAGACAAAGGUUCUUGGGGAUAUGCCGGAGUUCAAGAGAGGCGGUGCAGUGAUUCAGAAAUACAUCUGAUGGCUGACAGAGCGGCCAAGUCAAAUAAAGGACUGCUAGAUUGUCUGGAUUGGGAGAGCAAAAUGCUCUACCUACAGAAGCCCCAUGAGAGAAUAAAAUAGACCUGUAUGAAUGAUUGAGUUCACAAUCCCCAAUA